AUGAACGGACUUCCUCCAACACCAGUACAAUGGCUUGAGGCACGCGCGCCGGAUGGCCGUGUCUAUUAUUACAACUCCAUCACCAAGGAGACAUCUUGGACUAAGCCCGCUGAUCUCUUGACUCCCCUCGAGAAGGCGCUUGCUGCUCAGCCAUGGAAGGAAUAUUCGACUCCGGAUGGUCGGAAAUACUACUCGAACUCUGAGACAAAACAGACUGUUUGGGACAUGCCGGCGCAAUACCGAGAAGCAAUUGAUUCAGUUCAGCUGCCUCCCAAACCUCUGCAACAAGCUCCUGCUUUUGUAGCAGGAGGCUCAACUGCCCUCUCUACCUAUUCCUCUCGAGACCUGACGGAACACACUCCAUUCGAGCCAAGAUCUCGCAACGAUGCUGCGGGUACCAACGGAAUUGCCCUUCCGGCACUUACAAAAGAAGUAGUACCCGACUACUCUAGCUUUGAAGAAGCUGAGGCUGCCUUUAUGAAAUUACUCCGCAGGUCCAAUGUGCAGCCCGACUGGUCAUGGGAGCAGACGAUGCGUGCAACUAUCAAAGAUCCGCAGUAUCGGGCAUUGAAGGAUCCCAAAGAUCGAAAAGCGGCUUUCGAAAAGUAUGCGGUAGAGGUUCGCCAACAAGAACGAGAGAAAGCCAAAGAAAGACUGGCUAAGUUACGCACAGAUUUCGGUAACAUGUUAAGAACACAUCCGGAGAUCAAACAUUACAGCAGAUGGAAAACCAUCAGACCAAUCAUAGAGGGUGAGACCGUCUUCAGAUCUACCGAUAAAGAGGACGAGCGUAAGCAAUUGUUCGAAGAGUAUAUCAUUGGGCUCAAAAAACAAAACAUUGAACAGGAAGCCACCACACGCAAGUCAGCCUUGGACGACCUAGUUGCAAUCCUGAAAGCCCUCGAAUUGGAGCCAUAUACCAGGUGGUCACAAGCGCAGGAUGUUAUUCAAUCUAAUGAGAGGAUUCAGAGUGAUGACAGAUUCAAGCUUCUGAGUAAGUCAGAUGUUCUGACAGCUUUUGAAAACCACAUAAAAGCACUUGAGAGGUCUUUCAAUGAUGCACGCCAACAGCAGAAAUCCAACAAAGCCAGACGGGAGCGCCAAAAUCGUGAUAAGUUCACCGAAUUGUUGCAGUCAUUACGCAGUCAAGGCAAAAUCAAGGCUGGCACUAAAUGGAUCACCAUCUUGCCCGAAAUUGAGAAAGACCCGAGGUAUGUUGCGAUGCUGGGUCAAGCUGGGUCAACACCACUCGAUCUCUUCUGGGAUGUUGUGGAGGAAGAGGAGCGUGCUCUGAGAGGGCGACGAAAUGAUGUUUAUGAUGUGCUUGAGGACAAACGUUAUGAAAUUACAACAAGAACUUCCUUCAAUGAGUUCUUUGAUGUCAUGCUGACUGAUCGACGGACAGCCAAUAUCGAUCGUGACGCCCUUCAGCUCAUCUUCCAACGACUUCACGACAAAGUUCUUCGGAGAACAGAAGAUGAGAAACAUGCUGCCGAUCGACACCAGCGCCGUGCGGUAGACUCUUUGCGUUCUAGAAUCAAGCAUCUCGAACCCCCCAUCCGUGUGGAUGAUACCUGGGAGGCAAUCAGACCACGUGUAGAAAGACUGGAUGAGUAUCUUGCUGUUGAUUCCGAAGAAUCACGUAAAUCUGCAUUUGACAAAGUGAUCAAGAGACUGAAAGAGAAAGAAGAAGACGCAGAAAAGGAUCGUGAGAGACGACACACCCGCCGUACAGACGACAGAGAAUUUCGCAAUGGCCAUCGUGCCGAUACACGUCAUGGUCGUGUCUCGAAGAGUCCGGAGGUUGAUGCAUAUGAAGCUGAUCGUCGCAAAGCCAUGGCCGCGCGUGAAAAGCAAUAUCGCAAGGCAAGCUCGCUUGGUUUGAGUCCUCCUCCAGCCUCCUAUCGAGAUCGUGAACGACGGGAAAGAGAUGAGCGACAUGGUCGACUAGAUCGAGAUCGGUCACCACCAUCACGACAUCUGGGUUCCUAUGACCGGGAACGUCGAGAAAGAGAGGAGGAACGUGAACGCUUGUAUCGCACUCGUGCCGACCCUCGAGGUAGCCGUGAUGAGUUGAACUAUGGCGAAGAGUCACGCAGCGUGGCCGGCAGCGAGCGGAGAAAACGUCGCGGUGAAGGUAGCGAUGCUGACAGUGUUGAAAGCGGUCGGAGAAGUGCAAAGCGCUACCGGAGAGAGAGACGAGAGAGUUCACGGGACAAACGUAAGAGCAAAACCCCUGAACCUGUUAAGAAAGAAGCCCUUCCAGAGCCGAGUGGUGUCCACUCGGGGAGCGAGGAGGGUGAGAUUGAGGAGGAUUAA